GUCCGCUCGCUCCAGCCGCGCUCCUCCCGGCUGUGUGCAAGCGCAGCGCCGCCGGCGGUGCCCGGCUGCAUGUCCGCCCGCCGCUCAUGCCCCGCGGCAUCGCACGCCCGCCUGUCUCCCUCUCUGUCUGUCUGUCUGUCUGUCUGUGCGUGCACAUGAGAAGAGAGGAGCGAGGGGAGGCGAGACCGCCACGCUUGUAGGAAGUGCCGGCAGCCGGUGCGAAGUGUGAACGAAAACUCUGCCGCCUCUCGGGCUGCUGCCAAGUGGACAGACCACCGCACAUAAUGCCAUCUUUUGAUGAGGUUUUGAAGGAGGCCGGGGAAUUUGGAAGAUUUCAAAAGAGAGUAUUUUUCCUCCUUAGCCAGACAGGCAUAACUUUUUCUUCCCUGUUCGCCAGCGUAGUUUUCCUCGGGCGAGCACCAGGCGACUUCUGGUGCAGGAUCCCUGGGGCAGCUGAGCUGAGUGAACGAUGUGGCUGGACCCUGGAAGAAGAACGAAACUUCACGGUCCUGCCCCUGCACCUGGGGAACGAGUCCGUCACUGGGGAGUGCGAGAGGCUGGAUGUCACUUGGGACGCCUCUGCCAGCUGCGCCAGCCCGCUCGCCCGCUAUGGCAAUCGCAGCACGGGCAGCCUGCCGCUCGCCCCUUGCCAUGGUGACUGGGUCUAUGAACAGCCCCGCUCAUCCCUUGUCAGCGAGUAUGAUCUUGUGUGUGGCAAUGCCUGGAUGCUGGAUCUCUCACAGGCCAUCCUCAAUCUGGGGUUCCUGGCUGGAGCAUUCAUCUUGGGCUAUGCUGCUGACAGAUACGGCAGAAUCCUCAUCUACCUGCUCUCCUGCCUUGGGGUUGGAAUAUGUGGCAUCAUAGUGGCAUUUUCACCAAAUUUUACUGUAUUUUUGAUCUUCCGGUUUCUCCAAGGCAUGUUUGGCAAGGGAACCUGGAUGACAUGCUACGUGAUUGUGACGGAGAUCGUUGGUUCCGAUCAGCGGAUGGUUGGAAUUGUGAUUCAGAUAUUCUUUACCCUGGGAAUUAUAAUUCUCCCUGGAAUUGCAUACUUGAUUCCCACCUGGCAGGGGAUCCAGCUGGCCAUUUCACUGCCCAACUUCCUCUUCCUGCUCUACUAUUGGGUGGUUCCUGAAUCUCCACGUUGGCUCCUGACACGUAAAAAGGGAGAGAAGGCAUUGAAAAUCAUGCGCAACAUUGCAAAACACAAUGGGAAAUUUCUCUCACCCCAUUACUCAGAGAUCACUAUUAGCAACGAGGAGGUCAGCAACCCCUCCUUUUUGGACCUGGUGAGGACUCCCCAGAUGAGGAGGAACACACUCAUCCUGAUGUACGCCUGGUUCACAAGUGCCCUUAUCUACCAAGGGCUUGUCAUGCGCCUGGGAAUUAUUGGAGGAAACCUCUACCUGGACUUCUUCAUCUCAGGAGCUGUGGAGCUGCCCUCUGCUUUCCUAAUUAUAGUGACAAUCGAUCGCAUUGGCCGGCGCCUGCCCUUCGCCAUGGGCAACAUCGUGGCGAGCAUCGCGUGCCUCAUCACUGCCUUCCUGCCAGAAGACAUACCAUGGCUCAAAACAACAGUUGCCACGCUGGGAAGACUGAGCAUCACAAUAGCUUUUGAAGUUGUCUAUCUAGUGAACAGUGAAUUGUACCCUACAACACUGAGAAACUUUGGUGUUUCCCUGUGUUCAAGUCUGUGUGAUCUUGGUGGGAUCAUAGCCCCAUUCCUGCUUUUCCGAUUAGCAGCCAUUUGGUUGGAGCUACCUCUAGUUAUCUUCAGUAUUCUUGCAGCUGUCUGUGGCCUCCUAGUAUUGCUUUUACCAGAGACAAAGGGAAUUUCAUUACCAGAGACAGUGGAGGAUGUGGAACAGCUUCCAAGUCAUUUUGGAAAAUGUGGCAAGAAACGGAAACACCGGGACACCAACUCUUAUAUUUGACUUUUGAAGAACAGCACUGAGAUAAGAACUUUGUUCCCAUACUGGGAAUUUGUUCUCCACCUGCUAAGACUUCAAAAUUUGCUGCAGAAUAUGGAUUAAACUUCAUGUUUUCCUUCUAAGCACAAGGACAUUUAAUACAAGUAGUGUAUUUUUCUAUGAAUAUGGAGUAAAUACUUUUUUUUCUGAGUACGCUGCUUGCAAGAAGGGACUGUGGUUCUUCACAGAGAACAGAACAGCUUUAAAAAUAUGGAACGUCCAGCUCGGUGACCUUGUAUUUAUUUCUGUAUCUAUUUAAGACUUCUGUUUAUUGUUUUGUUAGCAUUUACAUUUGUGUGGGAAUGGUUUAAAUGGUAGUUUAGAUGACCUUGAGGAGGAGAAAAUGACUAUUUUAACCUGUCCUCCUUUGCCCCUGAAGAAUCUGGACCAAUAGAAGUUAUGAUGGCUGAAGAAGGAGGGCACUGAUCAGGGUGACUCUUUCCCUGGUUGAGAGGGAUGGAAAUCAGCAGUGUGCAUCAGAAGAACCUCUCUCUGGUCUGAUUGUCAUCCACAGGAACCCUUUUCAACAAAAGCUCUUCUUCCCUCCUUGUUGAAGGGCUUUCUGAAAUGUGGAAGCAGUCCUCCUCACCUUUCCAGGGCUUUAUGUAGGUGUCAACCCCUGCACAGGGCAUUAGCUCUGCAGGACAGAUUGUCCUGCUGCCCAUUAGUGCCUUUCCCAGACACAGCUGGGGUUCAUGUGACACCCCUCAUCUCUCCAAGGGAAGGGCUUCUGCCUGCUCUUCUCUGUUGAAUGCUUUUUCAAACACCUCUUUCAAGAGCAUGCUGAUUUUUUUCCUUCACAAAUUAUGCUCUCUGCCCAUCCCUACAAACAAAAUUCUUUCACCCUCACCACUGCCAAGAUGACCUGCAAUUCCUGCAUUCUGUUCAUUAUCACUAUUUGUCAUCUUUCUGUCUUGGGGAUAAUUUUUUUGGGUUGUUGACAGGGAUGUCAAGCUGUCUUGGACAGGGAUGAGCCAGGAGCUUUGGUUAUGAAGGGAAGUAAGUGUUAAUUGGUCCUUUGAAGCUGACAUGUGACAGAAUAACUCUCUGGCUCUGUAAGCAGAUUCCAGGGACAGACUGCCUUUCCUUUCUCCUGUAUAACCUUUGUCAAGAAUUGUGUCCUGGCCACUGACUGGUGAACCAUACACUCCUAGCAGGGAAGGACUUGAAAAGAUGUGGCAUUCAAAAGGUAUCCUGUUACCAACAAAAAAAUAAAUAAAAGAAAGUCAGUGAGAUAUUUUAAAGGACCUUAUAAACUCACAAAAACCCCCCAUGUUUGGCACAGGCAAAUAUAGGACUGAGUUUGGAAGGUUCAUACCACAAAUCAGUUGCUCUAUACUACAGUCAGUGAAAAUGAAUGACCACUGCUCCAGUCUCACCAUCCUAGGAGCCCAGGAGGAUUUCCUGUGGUGAGGAAUAAACUGUGCUUUUCAGCAAUUCCCAACUCUCCCUGCCUUUUUCCAGCAAUCGCCUUUAUCACCAGCCCUUCUGGAGGAAAACAGGGCCUUUAAUAAUAAUCUCAGCCUAAUGUUUGCACACUUUAGGCAGUUAGUGAUAAAGGCCUGUCUUUCAAGGCUGGUCCUAACUUACUCUGAGGCACAGUAGAGGUCAAAGGUAUGCUUAGCAAAAGUCAGUAAUGACUUAGAGAUAUGAAACUAAAUUAACAUCUCACAAUAUAUACAGCUAAUCUAGAAGACACCACACAAAACUGGAGCUACUGCUACAAGGAGAAAACUUCUCCUAGACCAAUACAAUGUUCUGUAGAUAGCUGAAGAUGAUAGCCCAAGGCUGGCUGGCAGACACCAGCCCUGAACUGGAAGCUAUGGGCUUGCACUGGCCAGAUGCUGUGUCUCAGGGCAGACUCCCAGACACAAAACUCAGCCCAGCCAGCCCCUACUGAAGGCACCUUGGAGAACCAGGGUGAAGUGGUCACAUGUGAUGCUCAGUGAGCUGAACCACCCUCUUCCACUUAGUGUUUCUUACUUGUGAUUUUUUUAUUGGUGUCUUAAACACUUUAACAGCUUGAGAAAGAUUGCAGAUAUCUUUUCAAGCUAUGACUUUUCAAAUAAAUGUGAAUAAUAUUUGACAGCUUGUCAGUUUGUGGACAACUAAAACGUGUUGAGAAAUGAGAGAUGCAAAAGACUUGUUUCCUCCUUUCAGAUUAUGCUUUGUUUUGCAUGUGUUGCUCAAAAAAUAAUGUAAGUGAUAAACUUCAGUAGGUAAAAUGGCUUGGGGCAGUGUCAGAAGUUUGAAUAUAUUUAUUUCUUAAAAAUUUGUUUUGUAAAGGACAGCAGAAAAAAGCCUAUGCAUAUGUUUUGACUUCUAAUCUAGUAGUGCUAAGCAACUUCCGGUGGAGUUUGUAUUUGGCCAUUGCUUUUGUGCUGUUAUCCCUAACAGGGAUUUUGUAAGUUGAAAAAUCCUUCCAUCUCUGUGAGACUUUGUGUUGCCUCCUGAAGGUGUCGUGGGUAUGUAAUGGUGGGGUUACACUCUUGUGGGCGAGAGAUGACAGAUGAAGUGUUGGUACCAGACGAACAGCUUCAACAAGGGAGAACCCCAAGCAAAACCAGCUGCAUGGAGGUGGAUGCACGUGGGCAUGCAGACCACAGGACAGGCUGCUUGUUUAAAAAAAGUUAUUCUAAAUUCAUAUGUGCCUCCAGCUGCUUAAUACUUACAGGAAAGUCCUACAAGGUUCUCAGGAGGCACAGCAGUGUUCUCCUAACAUGCAUGUGUUGACACCAAAAUGGCUGUUGUGACCCAGCACCUCUUCAGUGAGGGCCUGAACUCCGUCAGCUUUAAUUGUCCUGCACAUGUAUCCUCCAGAGGCACAGUGAGAGAUGCGAGGUACACAAGAGACAAAGGGUCACUGUACCAUCACCACAGGCACACAAACACUGUGACCUCAGAAACCCAACUGUGUUUUUCUUGUUGGCAAAGAGUUUUCUUGGACCAACAAACAGAUGGAAGUGCUAUUUUGGGUCAAAUGUGCCACUGCCACCACAUGUGCUGGGUUACUUUAUCCAGUCUGUGCAAAGGGUUACCACAAAAAAUUGCAAUUUUUAUUGUCCCUGACAGUCUUGCAGAAGGCAAGGAUCCCAACUGUUUGAAGCGUUAUGAGGUGGGACUUUCGUGGCCACUCCGGCAUAUCCAGGCAUUUCUAGCCAGUUUGGCAAGGAGAACAGGGCUAAUGGUUUCUCUGUCUACAAGCCAGGUAUUAGCCAUGCCUUCAAAAGUUCCCAUCUGAAGAGCUUAACAAAUCAAAGCCCAAGCUGCAACACGGAAUUUCUUUUGUCGGGGAAGAAUUGUACAAAUCUCUUGGCUGGCUUAAUGACCAAAGUUGGUAUAUAUGGAAAAUAUGCAGGAGGAUAUUUGUGAUCAGUGGAUCCCUCUGACCAGACAGGUGGGUGGUGUGUGCUUUAUCAGAGGUGCUCCUGCUCAGGAAGGCAACGCCCUGAGAUGAUUUCAUCUCCCAGAAUCAGACUCCAGAUGUAAGAAAGAAAUCACCCUGCCACCUAACUAUGCUUAAUAGUUCUCAUCUCCCUUUAAGGCACUGGGAGGAAAAAGCAAACCAAACCAAAACUCUGAGAAUGCAACUCAUCCCUUCUGCAUGAGCAAGUUUACAAUAAAAAUGAAGGCAAUUUUAAAAUGACGUGCAGCUUGGCUUUUCUGGGAGUGUGGAAAAUAGACAGGACAAAUCCCACCCCAGGAAGUAGCUGUGUUACUUGGAUAGCCUCAGCACACCCCGGGGAUGCCAGAAGGACCCCAUGCAGAGCUGGGGGUCUCCAGGUGCCUGUGGGGAGCUCCCUGCUUUAUGUGCCAGAGAAGCAGGAUGUGAGCAGGAGUCAGCAAUUGUUUCACUUUGGCAAGCAUGAGUCAAGCUUUCCCUGGAAAGCGUUUCAAAAGGUUUAAGCCUACACUCCCUAUAACCACGUGUACAUCAUCUUCUUUUAGAGGAGAAAAAUGUACAUCUAACACAUGUACAUUUAGUCAGAUAAUGUUACACAAAGAAAUAAAUGGGUACUAUGGGUACACAACUUCAUAAUAUGUAGAUGCAUUGUCACUAUUUGUGGUACCUAUUGAUAGCUAUUUUCUUUUCUUUUCUUUACUAGGGACUAACUUCAGGGUGAGGCUGUUUUUUAAUUCACUGUUUUAUAUCUUUGAUGCAACAUUUAUAUAUUUGUGACACAUGUAUUUCCAUGAUGAUAAAAAAUAUGAAAACACAAACCAAAUGUGUUUCCUUCCUUUUUUUUCCCCCCAUCCUAUGUAUUUAAUGCUAUCAGAUAUAUCAAAUAAAACUGCAUAGGCAUAUAAGAUAUGUACUGUGAGAUUCUUCUUUGGUUUGUAGCAUCAAAUUGGUAAUAGGUUCAGAUGACUCAUAGAAAAUAAAAAGUUUUGAGAAAAUAAAAAGAAAUGAGAAAAAGAAUUCUCAUUUCUUCAUACGUUAGAAGCAGAACAUCUUGAAAAUUAUGACCUUAAAAGAAAAUG